GAACAUUCAAAAGCAAUCUGAAAAAGAGAUCUAAACCACAUGUAUAUAUAAACCCGGUUGAAAUGAGGCUGAGUAUCUAGUGACUAGUGAGUGAUCAAUUUCCCCUAUCAUACACACUUCUCUUUGCUUUUAUCUCCGAUGAUGCAUGGUGAUUCCAAGAGGCAAGGGUGGCAAGUCCCGGCUUUCGGGAGCUGGGAUAGCUACGAAGGCCUUCCUUUUACCCAGUGCUUCGACUUGGCGAGACGGGUCGAGUCGCUCCGUCAUGAGUACUGCAAUGAGGAUCGUGAUUUAUACGUGGAUGGUGGUCUUUACGGGAAUGAUGACGUAACACCUGAAGUGAUUGUUGUUCCUCGCCGGAGGACAAAAGUUCGCGACCCUCAUGCCGAAAUAGAAAAAGGAAAGCGAUGGCUGAAUGACCUCGAAGGGUCUCCGAUCCCAGGAUUUCACUUCAGGGCAAGGCCAAAACCCGUCGACGAAGACCUGUACAAAAUCCCAGAUGAACUCCUUCACGCCAAACCUAGGAAGAAGAGAGGGUCGGGCUUCUUUUCCAGCUGCUUGAUUCCAGCCUGUGCCUUGUGUUAGAGAAGCUUGCAGAGAUGAAUUCUAUAGAAUGCUUGUGCUAUGUAUAUCUUUUUCUGCACUUCUAUAGGAAAUUAAAACGUGUACUUUCUUUGGGUGCAAGAAGUCAAGCUCUUUUGUGUUGGAAUGGUAAUUGAGCUUAAUCCUU